AUGACCUCCCAAGCCUACCCCCGUCAUAUGCUGGUACUCAUCCACGGACAACUCUCAGCCGCAGGCGAAGAUCACCUAUCCCAAGUCCCUCUCGCCAUACCACAAGACGUGAACUUUCUCGUGCUGAAGACCGACUUGAGCGGAUUAAAUGGACGCAGGGCUUAUGUUAGUAUCGAUUGGGAGGCGGAGACGGUCGUGCAGCAGAUUCUGGCCGUACUACAGUCAUGCAAAGCCCGACAGCAGCCCAUCUCCGAGAUCUCAUUCUUCGGAUUCAACAUGGGCGGACUCAUAGCGCGAUACGCAGUCGGUGUUUUAUUCCAGAUGAAGGUAUUCUCCGAAAUCAAACCGCGAAACUUCGACGCCUUCGGUACUCCCCACGUCGGACUCGUUACACCGCGGAACAGGGUACAGCAAUGGCUCAUCAGGAGGGUCUUUCCUCGAUUUAUGGAGCAGAUGGCGUGGAUGGACGAGUGGGAGGAGAGCGGGCGUCCGGUGCUGGACGUGAUGUCUGAUACCAAUAGCGUCUUCUUCCGAGGACUUGCGCUCUUCGAGAGUAUCCGAGUCUAUGCCAAUGCGACUGGUGACGGCAUGGUGCCAUACAUGAGCGCGGCGAUCGAGAAGUCCGAUCCUUUCGUCGACUACAAGCACUCAGGGAUCAUCGUUGAAACAUACGAUGAAGCUAGUCGCUAUCCAGCGCUCAUCAAGUCCUGGACUUUCUCGUCGUCUCCUCCAAACGCCCUGCAUCCAGUCCUCGGCUUCUUUCUCAAGACGCUCCUCCGACGCACCUCGAUCUAUGUUCUAGUCUUGGCGCUCAUAGCCGUCCUCAUCAUCACGGGAGGCAAAAUCGCUACCUGUAUACUGUCCGUUUUGGGGGCAUUCGCACUCUAUCUGGCGGUGAUCACGCUCAUUCCAGCGAUUUUAUCCUUCAUGUCCAUUCGCAGCCAGAACAACCGGCUCGAUGCACAACGCCGACGCUUGCUGGACAUGUCAAGCGUCUUCCCUACUUCAGACGAAUUGGCCGAGGACGGAUCUCGGCUCGUCCCGUCGAGAACCCCAGAGACGUCCAAGUCCAGCGUCCCUACUACCGCACCUUCGACAACGAGCAAGACCGCAUCGCACCUCACACCUCUCCAACUUCACGCGAUCACGAACCUCAAUACUCUGCCGCAGCUGCACAAGGAACUCGUCUGGCGCCCGGGCUGUUUCACUCCCCACCGCGCGCUCCUCGGUCUGGGUACAUUCGGCAAGCCAAGCUUUGAGCGAGGCGGAAUAUUGCGGCAUUGGGGAGAUGGGCUCUUGUACUAA